CUACAGAGAAAGUACAUCAGAUCAUUGCAAGAACAGCUAUGUUUGCAAGCAGACAUGGCGGACAAUCAGAGAUUGUUUUGCGGGUCAAACAAGGAGACAACCCUACGUUUGGCUUCUUGAUGCCCGAUCAUCCACUUCACCCAUACUUUAGAUUUCUUGUUGAUCACCAAGAACCUUUGAGCAGCAACUCCGUAGAUGAAGAGAGCAAAACUGACAGUACACUUGAUCAGGCAGGUAGUGUUAAAGGAGGAGGUGCAUUAUCUUUGCUUGGUACUGUAUACGGUUCUGGAGAAGAUGAGGAAGGUGCAAUGGGGAAUGCUACUGAGCUUAAGGGAAAGGAAUCUGUUGGAGCUGAUGUUGCUAUUAAUAAAACAUCAACAGAUGGAUCGGAGCAGAAAGCAUCUUCUUUAGGUGUCAAUGGGAAAGAUGAGACAGUUGCAAAGCAUUCAGCUUCUUUAAAGGAAAAGGCUUCUCUGAUAAAAAGAAAUCUUUCGAUAACAACAGUUAAGACUGGAACAACAACAGGGGUGAAGAAAGAAAGUGAUACCUCUGCUACUGAGAAGUCACGAGCCUCUUCUUCGUCGACCACAUCAAAGGUUGACUUGCCUGUUGUGGAGCCUUCAUCUGAUUUAAAGAGAGUGGUUGAUAAGAUUGUUGAGUUCAUUCUGAAAAAUGGUAGACAGUUUGAAGCAAUUCUGGUUGAACAAGAUGUUAAGCAUGGGAGGUUUCCAUUCCUGUUGCCAUCCAAUCUUUAUCAUCCUUAUUAUUUAAAAGUUCUUCAAAAAGCUGAAAAGUCAAAGUUACAUUGUAAAGGAUUCAUUUCUGAGAAGCAUGGUUCAUCUGGCCUUGGGGUGGAAAAGAAAGCUGCUCCAUCUCAAGAAAGUGAUAGUGUGUCUGUUGGAUCUGACAUACCGUAUGAAUCUGAGAGGAAAGAGAAGUUUAAAAUGGUAAUCAGCAAAUCAAAGAAGGAUGGACAAGAUCCACCUUCCAAAGCUACCCAGCCGCAAAUUGGAGUUAGUGUGGAUGCAGCUGCUGCUGCUGCUAUUCUUCAGGCUGCCACAAGAGGCAUUAAGAAUCCAAAUUUAGAAAUUCUUUCAAAGACAUCAUUAAAUGUUAGCAGCCAGGCCUCUAGUGGUGAGGGUGGGCAUGUCCCAAGUUUCGGUAGAAAUUCUGGUCCUGUUGCCAAUGUUAUUGCAAAGACGGCAGCUAUUGCAGCUGCAAGUGAGGCUGAUUCGUCUGAGGCAUGCUUGACAAAAGAAGAGAAGUUGAAAGCUGAGAGAUUGAAACGGGCAAAGAUGUUUGCAGCCAUGAUAAAAAGUGGUGCUGCACCACUUAAAACUGAAACAUUGCGAGGCUUAUCUGCUGAACCACCAGAGUCAGGGGUUUCUGGUUCAGGUAUGGAGGGUGGAAAUCUUUCCAGAAAAGAAAGGGAAGGCAGCUCAGUUGCAUUGGAUGUGAAUACUUAUGAUAAAAAUGAAAAGCAUGAAAAGAUAUAUUCUGGUAUUGAUCAUAAUGAACGGCGAUCAAAGAGGAAGUACCGUUCCAGAUCAAAAAGACAUGAAGAGGAUAGCAGACAGGAGGAGGAGGAAGAAGAAGAAGAAAAGAAAGGAAUGGACGAGCACUCGGGUAAAAAGCAGCGAUCACAUCACUCUUCACACCGUAGCAGGGAUAGGCAUAAGCAUAGAAAAAGGCAUUCCUCUUCAAAGGAUAGAGAUUCUCGACGUAGGCAUAAGCACGAUAGUAGUUCAGAUGAUGAACGAGGUCAUAAUUCAGAUUACUCUGAGAGUGAUCAUCAUCAUUCUCGACACAGAUGGAAGCAAGAUAUCUCUUCAGAUAAUGAACAUCGGAGGUCAAGAUUUGGAAAUGAGCAUGGUGGCUCCUCUGAUGAUGAGGAUCAACGCACUCGGCAUCAGCAUAAGCACCAUAGCUCCUCGGAUGACGAGUGCCGUCAGCAAAGGAAGAGGUCUUACUCAAGAAGAGAGGUGGAAUUGGAGGAAGGAGAGAUUUAUGCAAAAUCAGAUCAAUCUAAAGUUAGUGAGGGCAAUGGUGCAAGUAGGGAAGCAUCUCUGGACAUAUCAAAACCAGAUACUGAGAGAAGGGCUCCAUCUCUGCCUUCUGAAACCACCACGGUUUCCGAUGAUUUAAGAGCCAAAAUUCGUGCCAUGCUGAUGGCCACCUUGUAAUUAUCAACUCGACCCUGUUUUUCAGUUUGUACUUUAUAGUUGCCAUGUUUGUUUUCCUGACUGCAACCAUCUAACUUAUUAUUUCUCCCAGUUUUAAUUGAUGAAUUCCUUUUCUAACCAUAAAUUUCUUCACUUUCCGGUUCAUUAAUCAAAUUUCGAAUUUAUGGAUGUCAAUGGAAAGAGGC